AUGGAGUGGGAGGAGGAGAGCGACGCGGCGCGUCAGAAGGCGGCGACGGCCGCGGCGGUGCCGGCGCCGUUCCUGACCAAGACGUACCAGCUGGUCGACGACCCCGCGACGGACCAUGUCGUGUCGUGGGGGGACGACGGCGGCGGUGGCGGCGAGUCUGCCUCCAGCUUUGUCGUGUGGAGGCCGCCGGAGUUCGCGAGGGACAUCCUCCCCAACUACUUCAAGCACAGCAACUUCUCCUCCUUUGUCCGGCAGCUCAACACCUAUGGGUUUAGGAAGGUCGUGCCGGAGAGGUGGGAGUUUGCCAACGAGUUCUUCAGGAAGGGCGAGAAGCAGCUGCUGUGCGAGAUCCACCGGCGUAAGUCCGCGGCGGCAACGUGGCCACCGUUCCCGCCGCCGCCGCCUUUCUUUGCCCCGCGCCAUUUCGCGGCCGGCCUCUUCCGCGAUGGCGAUGGCAUGGUGCGUGGCUUGGGCGCUUUGGUGUCGACAGACCGGCGCCACUGGUUUGAGAGAGCGGCGGGGCCGGCGGCGCCGCCAUCGUCGCGACUGCUCGCGCUGGGGCCGGUGAUCGCACCGCCGCCGCAAUGCAGCCGCGCGGCGGCGACGCCGGAGGAGUCGCUGAUGGAGGAGAACGAGCGGCUGCGCCGCGGCAACGCGGCGCUGGUGCAGGAGCUGGCGCACAUGCGCAAGCUCUACAGCGACAUCAUCUACUUCGUGCAGAACCACGUGCGUCCCGUGGCGCCCAGCCCGGCCGCGGCGGCCGCCCUGCACGGCCUCGGCAUUCUACGGCCAACGACCACAACCGGCAAGGUGCCGGCUGCCGAGGUGCGUGACGCGUCCGGCCGGAGCGCCACAUCUAGCAGCUCGCUCACGGUGGCCGAAGACCAGCCCACGCUGGCGCUUCGGUUGUCGCGGACAUCGGAGAAGAUUGUCAACGAGGUGGCCGGCAGCGGCAGCACCAAGCUGUUCGGCGUGCACCUGAGCAGAGCCGACGACCAGACGUCACCAGGCGCGACCCGCAAGAGAUCACUGCAAGAGCAACCUCCUACGUCGCCGGCGCGGAAGCGGACGCCGAUGAUCGAGCACAGCACGAGCUGA